GGACAGAUGCUUAUGUCACCGUCAGAACUGGAGUUUACAUCCCCCCACAUACAAACACGCAGACUCACACACUCGAUGCUUUGUCACACUCUUUGUCAUUCACUAUCUCUGUACCUUUCUCUCUUCGACAGUUACAGAAACUCACACAGAUACAUUGAACAAAUACAUUCUUCACAACUUUAUCCACCGACCAUUUGGACAUCCAGAGGCAGCUGGGAUUGUUGUCCUCAACAUGGAAAACAAGGCUGAUGUGAAGGCCAUCAUGGCUCGCUUCCAAACGAGUGGGGCGAGCACUGACGAGCCUUCCUCCACACCGCCAGUACGAACCAAACCACAACUGCACCCUACCUUCUCCUCUGGCCCAGCCAUACAGACAAAGAAACCUGUCUUGGAGAGCCUCUCAGGCAGUGCGAUAAAUGUUCCUCCUAAACCCUCUUUCCUGAAAAACACACCGUCCACGAAAAGUGACACAGAGGCACUUGAACCAAACAAAGCAAAAGCCCUGGCUAGCAGAUUUGGAAACACUCAGGAUGACAACAAUGCCAACAACAAACCUUUCAUUGUUAAUAAACCCUUGAAGCCACCUUUUUCACAGGCUCAUGAAGCUAAAGGCCCUGUACAUAAGCCUCCUCUUCACAAGCCCCCCCUCAGCUCCACCCUGUCCGACGCCAAACCUGCCUUGCCUAAACCAUCUCCAGCAAUCAGCUCCAAGCCCAGCUGGGUAAAGGAUACCAGUGGUGGGGGUCCACCAUCCAACACUAGCUCCACAACGCCCAAAGUACCACCUGUACAACCAAAACUGAGCAGCAGCCUUGGAAAACUACGGCAGCAAAAUGAAGAAGCAGCAAGUAACACAGACACUGCGAACAAAACUUCACCACCAACAAGCUACAAUUUUAAGCCCCCGCCCGUCUUCAGGACUGCUCAGAAUACCUUCAACAAGGAGGACAAGACGGAGCAGUCAGAUAGUGGUGUGAGAGCAGAUGGAGGCAACAAACUGCCUCUCACUGCUGCUAAGUCCAUCCCUCCUCCCAAACCUCCAGCCAGUAAAAAGCCUAGCUUUAAGAAGCCAUCAAAACCUUUUCCUCAGACUGGCAGCGUUAAUGGUGAUGCCACUUCAGGCCCCAAGUGCAAUCCCCUCCCCAACAGUUUAGCUUUGGGCCCUGCUCCUGCUAAACCUAACCGACCUCCCAAAGUCAACCUGGAAAACUUCAAAAGAGGUGCUGAGGCCUCUGAUGAUGGUUCUGGCACCUUUAAGAAACCCAUUAUGCCAACUCCUUCAGCCUCGUACCUCAGUAACCACAGCAACCACGUGACCCCAAAUCAACCCCCUCAGACUGCCCUUCCCAGUCUGCCCCCAAGACACCCUGGAACCAUCAUCCAGCAAGAUGAGUGCUAUGAUGAUGUUGAUGAACUGAAAAGCUCUCCUCCACCUCUACCACCAUCCACAGGCCACCCGAGUCAGAGGGCAAAGGAAGAGAAUGAUGAUGAUGAUGAUGAUGGAGAGAUGUACGAGGAUCUUGAUGAACGAUGGGAAGCGGCUGAACAAAAACAAGAAAAGAGAAAAGAGAAAGAGGAGAGGGAGAGUAAAAAACGACUGGAGGCUGAGAAGAAGGAGCAGAAGGAACGAGAGAAGAAGGAACAAGACGCCAGAAAGAAAUUCAAAUUGGUCGGCCCUCUGGAGGCCAUCCACCAAGGGAAGGCUUGUGUGGACUGCCGAGGCAGUAAGACAGACCUUGCUUUGAAGCAGGGAGACAGCCUCGACAUCAUCCGUGUCCAUGGCAACCCGGAGGGGAAAUGGUUGGGACGGACGCAGGAUGGAUCCAUUGGUUAUGUGAAGACCACAUCAGUGGAAAUUGACUUUAACACUCUGAAGAAUCGCCAAGCUCAGCAGCAGGCGUACGACCCCGAGGUCUACGAUGACAUUGAUGUAGCCUCUCCUGAUAACAGUGGGUCCAAAGGCCCAGGAGUGAUUCUACCACCGCUACCAGGAGAGGGUGGAGAAAUAUACGAUGAUGUUCUUGAUCCAAACCUGGAUGUCAGAGUGCCUCCACCCAGCCAGUUUACUGCAGACGGAAAAUCAGAUCAUCCAGGAGCUGCAAUCGAUGAGGAGAUAUACGAUGAUGUUGACUCUCAAAAUUUGCCUCCUCUUCCUCCCAUAAGCAGCCUUCCAACCCUGAAAGGCAAAAGCAGGACUGAAGAGAGAGAGGACCCAAAGAAGCAGAAAAAGUUCGAGAAAGAGGAGAAGGAAUUCAGGAAAAAAUUUAAAUAUGAUGGGGAAAUACAGGUGCUGUACCAGGUGACCAUCGUCCCUACACUCACUAACAAGAAGUGGAGUGGGAAAGAGCUGGCAGUCAAAGCAGGAGAGAAACUGGACGUCAUUGUUAAAGCCGUGGACAACAAACUGAUCUGUCGGAACGAGGAGGGCAAAUUUGGUUACGUUUCGACCAGCUACAUUUUCAUGGACGAUGGUGAUAUCUAUGAUGACAUUGGAGAUGAUUGCAUCUAUGACAACGACUGAGAAACAUCUUGUAACAGGUUUAUUGUUUUACAUUGAUAUUGUUCAUGUUAUUUAUUAUGUUUAUUGAUGACAUACAUUGCUUCAAGUCAGACUGAUAAUCAGAUUGAAUAGUCAUUUUUCGCUUCAUUAUUUAUUAAUUAAUAUUUGAAUUGCUGAAAAAUUCGACAUCUGGGCAGCGAUUCAGUGAUCUGGGACCAGGCUGGCUUUAAGUCCAUUGAACAAUGUCAUCCUUUAAAAUUUUACUCCAUCCAAAAAAACAACAAAACAAAACAAUUUCAUGUUAUUUGCAACAUCUCAGCAAAGUGGGAAACAUUUGUUGGAACAACAGUAUUUGCAUAUUUCUGUUUUUAUGUUCUCAUUUGUUUUCUUUUUAAAUCUCCACAGCACUGUAUUUACAUGUAUGCCUCUACUGUGUUUGGCAAUUUUAUAAGAACAGCAGCAAUUUUAAAAGAGAGUUGUAAACACUGCUCAUCACUUUGUUUUUAAAUGCUUAACAUGAUGUGACACUGUAUGUAUAAUAAA